AUGAAACUCCGGCCCGACCUCACACGAUGGGGGAAGGCGGUAGAGAGUUUCUUGGCAGGCUAUCGCAUCGAGCACGUCGUGCUGGCUCUCCAGAUGUUUAUCUGCAUCAUAGUUGCCAUGCUGCCUGUGCUGACAGACCGUGCGUCGGGGGCCGGGGAUGGGGUCCUGUGCGCGUACCGCGACCUGGACGAGGCUGCCACCUUCUGGACCGUGAUCGCCGCAGCAGUGGUGCUGGAGCCCUGCACCGGCAACGUGCUGCGAAAGUUUGUGGUGCGCAUGCUGGCCGUCGGACUGGCAACAUCCAUGGGCGUGCUCGUGCUCUACAUCUCCUUUGCCAUCUGCCACACCGAGCCGGACCAGGCGCCCCGCAACUUCCCGCUCUUUGGCCACAUGGUCAGCAUCGGCCUCGCCUUCUGCGCGGCCCUCAUCAUGUUGCAUCGCCAGCGCUGGGCGCAGGAGUACGAGUACGCUUUCUUCCUGUCCCUGCUGUCCCUCUGCGUCGUCACGGUGCCUGCCCUCAGGCAGACGCCCGGCGACGCGCUGUCGGAUGCCGGCUACCGCGCGCUGAACAUCGUCAUCGGCGUGGCCAUAUCGGCGGUCGUGGCGUUCGCCAUCUUCCCCAUCAAGGCGCGAUCGCUGCUGCGCAAGCAGACGGCCGUGGCGCUGAUGCAGGCGGGGGAUCUGGCCGCAUGGGUCUUCACCCAGGUGGGCGUGGAGCCCACUGCCAAGGACUCCAACGCCCUGCCCCACGCCAGCGGCACGGACAAGAGCAUGAGGUACAUCGACGACGGGCUGCAGGUGGAGAUGGCGCCGCUGUUUGCCGCCACGCAGCGGCUGGCGGUGAGCCUGGCGGGGCUGGACGACCUGCUGCGCUCUGCACGCGCGGAGGUAAACCUCUUCUCCAGGCCCCACCGCUUCCCCAGCAAGACCUACGGCGCGCUGCUCUCCAGCCUGCACACGAGCGUGGGCCUGCUGCAAACCCAGCUCUACUUCAUGGCCACCGGCAACUUCAGCCUGGGCGCCAUCCGGCACCACGCCGGCCCCAUCUGCGACGCCGGGGUCCAGCUCUCCAUUGUGUUCAGCGCCCUCAGCCGGCUGUCGCACCAGCGGCGCACCUGGCGGCAAAGGCUGCGCGCCCUCGCCCGGCCCCGGGAGUCGCCGCGCGCCGCCUUCCAGCGAUUUGCCACGCUACGCCGAGCGGCGAAGAAUGACGAAGCAGAGGAGGAGGGCCUGGGCUGGGCCCGACCCGAGGACCUGGACCGGGUGGUCGGCGACCACGCGGCAAGCAGCCGCGCGGCGGCGCACGGCGCGGCGGGCAGCGCGGCGGGCGGCGGGGCGAGCGGCGUGGCCCGCGCCGUCGAGGAUGACGACCCGUUUGCUGGGAUGGACUCCGAUGACCCCGAGGAGGGCGGCGUGGCCUCCCGCAUCCAGAUGUCCCCCAGCCAGAUGCAGGACAUGCAGGCUCGCCUGCAGCGGCUCUCCCUCGCGGAGCCCGGGUGGGGCGCGGACGACGGCGCUGCGCAGGGCCCCGAAGUCGGCGUCGGGGGGUGGGCGGGCGCGCGCCGGGCCUCGCCGGCGGCGCCGCCAGGAAUCGACCCCGCCGGGUCCAACUCUGCAGCGGCCGGCGCUGCGGGCACCCGACCCCAGCCUCCCCCCCCGUCGCGGGACAGCUCCGCUGGCGCCCUGGCCCCCCUCCCCGCCCGCCUGCUGCAGCUGCACCACCUCAGCCUGGGCCUGCUGGAGGCGGGCCAGGCGCCGCAUGACACCCUGGGCGCAGCCUCCCUGGUGCAGGUGGCCGGGUGCCUGCUGGGGCUGACGCGCCAGGGCGCUGCCAUCCUCGCCGUCCUGGAGCCGCAGUCGGCGGGGGCGCUGCACGCGCGCAUGUCCCACCUGCGGCGCUGA